AUGGUCCCCCCAACCACCUCUUGCCUCGGCCGGGGAGCGGGGGCGGGCGGGGGCGGGGCGGGGCGGCGGGCGACCCCGGGCUGGGCGGCGGCGGCAGCGGCGGCGGCCGCGGAGAGUCGGGCCGGAGCGGGCGCGGGAGCCGGAGCCGGAGCCGGAGCCGCUCGCGGGCUGGCGGGCUGGCGGGCUGGCCCCACGCGCACUGACAGCCGGGCGCCCGGCGCUCGCGCUUCCUACUCUCGGCGGCAGGGGCGGCCCGGAGCGGCGCCGCCCACCGCGCAUGCCCGGAACGCCGGAGCGCGCGGGGGAGGGCGGGAGCGCGCGCGGGGGGGCCGGGAGCGCGCGGGGGAGGGCGGGAGAGCGGAGGGAGCGCGCGCGGGGGAGGGCGGGAGCGCGGAGGGAGCGCGCGCGGGGGGAGGGCGGGAGCGCGGAGGGAGCGCGCGCGGGGGGAGGGCGGGAGCGCGGAGGGAGCGCGCGGGGGAGGGCGGGAGCGCGGAGGGAGCGCGCGGGGGAGGGCGGGAGCGCGGAGGGAGCGCGCGCGGAGGGUCCGGGAGCGCGCGGGGGGGCGGGAGCGCGCGCGGAGGGUCCGGGAGCGCGCGGGGGAGGGCGGGAGCGCGGAGGGAGCGCGCGCGGGGGGAGCGCGGAGGGAGCGCGCGGGGGGGCCGGGAGCGCGCGGGCGCCUCCGCCGUCUGCUCGCAGCCCCGGGAGGGGGCGCGGCGGCCGGCCCGGGCCCGCCCGAGUUAG